GUGCUUAGUGAUUGUCGCGGCAUGCAAUCGAUGUUUGUACACCAGCCCCUCGUCGACAUCGACGUUGGUCUAGUGACGAAGCGCGUGCGGCACCUCCACGAUCGUGCCAUCGCCUCUGGGCGCUCCGUCUACAUCGGCACGACGAGCGACCCUUCAUGGCGAUGGAAUGGAGGAUGGGGGUGGCGAGGAAACGACCGAAGCUUCAUGCGCGGGCACAAGCUCAGCUACGAUGAGAUGCAAGUGGUCGCGUCCUUCCCCGACAAACAAUGCGGAGAGGUUGAGAAGCAUGUGAUCGCGCACUUCCCCCGUGCUGACAACAAGGUCGCGUCGCAGAAGGGGCUUGCG